AUGGCGAGCCUUCGACUGCGCUCCUCCUUCGCUUCCUCCAUGCCCGACCCCGUCCCUGGCAACCAGAGUGUUUGCAAGCGAUCGAGCCUAUCGAGCUGCUAUCGAGCUGCUAUCGAGCUGCUAUCGAGCCUCUUUCGAGCCUCUAUCGAGCCUCUAUCGAGCCUCUAUCGAGCCUAUCGAGCUGCUAUCGAGCUGCUAUCGAGCUGCUAUCGAGCUGCUAUCGAGCUGCUAUCGAGCCUAUCGAGCCUAUCGAGCUGCUAUCGAGCUGCUAUCGAGCCUAUCGAGCCUAUCGAGCUGCUAUCGAGCUGCUAUCGAGCUGCUAUCGAGCUGCUAUCGAGCUGCUAUCGAGCUGCUAUCGAGCUGCUAUCCGAGCUGCUAUCGAGCCUCUAUCGAGCUGCUAUCGAGCCUAUCGAGCUGCUAUCGAGCUGCUAUCCGAGCUGCUAUCGAGCCUCUAUCGAGCUUCUAUCGAGCCUAUCGAGCUGCUAUCGAGCUUCUAUCGAGCCUCUAUCGAGCUGCUAUCGAGCUGCUAUCGAGCCUCUAUCGAGCUGCUAUCGAGCUGCUAUCGAGCCUAUCGAGCCUAUCGAGCUGCUCGAGCAUAUCGAGCCUAUCGAGCCUAUCUGA